GCCGGGCCCUCCCCGCGCCCUUUGACCCCGCGCACCACGCGGCCCGGCCCGAGGCGAGGCCGGGCGGCGGGAAGAUGGCCGGGGUCGGGAGAAGGAGGCCGGGGACCGCCAAGAGGCCGGCCGAGGACGGAGCGGAGCCGGCGCCGGAGUCCGGAUACCAGUUGCCUCUCUUCAGCCAGCUGGACCACGGCCGGAGCGAUGCGGACAGCGAGUCCGACCAGUCGGACAGCGAAGAGAGCGUGUUCUCCGGGUUGGAGGACUCCGGCAGUGACAGCAGCGAAGAUGAAGAGGAGGAGGAGGAGGAGGAAGAGGAGAGUGCCAGAACUCAAGCCGACCGUGGCAUCAGUGUGAAGGACAGUUCGAAGGGCCACGCGGCUUCUCAGCAGACACAGGCUGCUGCCAGGCCCCGGAAGCCGGAGGAACCGAGCGCCCAGCGCCCCGCCUCCGCCCCGGAGCCGAAGAAGGAAGACGAGUACGCGGAGGACAGUUCCGACGAAGAGGACAUCCGGAACACGGUGGGGAACGUGCCCCUCGAGUGGUACCAGGAUUUCCCCCACAUCGGCUACGACCUGGACGGGCGGCGCAUAUACAAGCCCCUGCGCAACCGAGACGAGCUGGAUCGCUUCCUGGACAAGAUGGACGACCCCGACUACUGGCGCACGGUGGAGGACAGGAUGACCGGGAGGGAGGUGAAGCUGACGGACGAGCAGCUGGCCCUGGUGCAGCGGCUGCAGAAGGGGCAGUUCGGGGACGCCAGUUUCGACCCCUACGAGCCGGCCGUGGACUUCUUCAGCCACGAAGUCAGGAUCCACCCCGUGACCAACCGCCCGGCCGACAAGCGCAGCUUCAUCCCGUCCCUCGUCGAGAAGGCCAAGGUGUCCCGUCUGGUCCACGCCAUCAAGAUGGGCUGGAUCCAGCCCCGGAAGCCCAAGGACACGACCCCCCGCUACUACGACCUGUGGGCCCGGGAGGACCCCGACGCCGUCCUGGGGCGGCACAAGAUGCACGUGCCCGCCCCCAAGCUGGCACUGCCCGGGCACGCCGAGUCCUACAACCCGCCCCCCGAGUACCUGCUCAGCGAGGAGGAGCGGCUGGCGUGGGAGCAGCAGGAACCGGCCGAGAGGAAACUGAGCUUCGUGCCGCAGCGGUUCCAGUGCCUGCGGGCCGUGCCCGCCUACGCCCGCUUCAUCCACGAACGCUUCGAACGCUGCCUCGACCUCUACCUCUGCCCGCGCCAACGCAAGAUGCGGGUGAACGUGGACCCCGAAGACCUGAUCCCGAAGCUGCCCAAGCCCCGGGACCUGCAGCCCUUCCCUACCACGCAGGCCCUGGUUUACCGGGGCCACGGCGACCUGGUGCGCUGCCUCAGCGUCUCCCCCGGCGGCCAGUGGCUGGCCUCAGGCUCCGACGACGGCUCGGUGCGGCUGUGGGAGGUGGCCAGCGCCCGCUGCGUGAAGACGGUGCCCGUGGGGGGCGUGGUGAAGAGCCUCGCCUGGAACCCCAACCCUGCCGUCUGCCUCGUGGCCGUCGCCGUGGAUCGGUCGGUGCUGCUGCUGAACCCCGGGCUGGGAGACCGCCUGACGUGCGGGGCCACCGACCGACUCGUCGGCGCCUACGAGCCCCCCGACGAGCCCCCUCGGCAGCCGGUGGAGUGGCAGGAGGCCGAGGGCGCCCGGCAGGAACGGGGGCUGCGGCUGAUCGUCCUCCACGGCAAGCCCGUGAAGCAGGUGGCCUGGCACGGGCGCGGGGACUACCUGGCCGCCGUCCUGGCCGAGAGCGGGCACACGCAGGUGCUGAUCCACCAGCUGAGCCGCCGCCGCAGCCAGAGCCCGUUCCGCCGCAGCCGGGGGCAGGUGCAGCGGGUGGCCUUCCACCCCAGCCGCCCCUUCCUGCUGGUGGCCUCUCAGCGCUGCGUGCGCCUCUACCACCUCCUGCGCCAGGAGCUCACCAAGAAGCUGCUGGCCAACUGCAAGUGGAUCUCCAGCCUGGCCGUCCACCCCGGGGGUGACAACGUGAUCUGCGGCAGCUACGACAGCAAGCUGGUCUGGUUCGAUCUGGAUCUCUCCACCAAGCCCUACAGGGUGUUACGGCACCACAAGAAGGCACUGAGGGCCGUGGCCUUCCACCCCCGCUACCCGCUCUUCGCGUCGGGCUCGGACGACGGCAGCGUGAUCGUGUGUCACGGCGCGGUCUACGGCGACCUCCUGCGGAACCCCCUGCUGGUGCCCGUCAAGGUGCUGAAGGGCCACGCGCCGACGCGGGACCUGGGCGUGCUCGACGUCGCCUUCCACCCCUCCCAGCCCUGGAUCUUCUCCUCGGGGGCCGACGGCACCGUGCGCCUCUUCACCUAGGACCCGGGGCCGGGCGGGCGGGCGGAGGCGCGCCGGCCAUUAAAGAGGCACGAGGGGCUCGUG